AUGGGCACGACCAAGUUAGCGAGCGGGCACCAAGCACGCCUCACGGGCCGGGGUCAGCUGCCAGUGGAGAAGGGCGGACGGGUGUUCUUCGACAGUCUACUCGGAGCCCCGGCGCCGCGCCUGUGGAGGUCGCGAGAACCUGCGGUGCGCUUGGGCCCUCGGCGCGUGCGAGAGUCGAGAGGAACGCGCCACCUCUUGACGUGGCCGGGCAUAUCGAUGGAGACAUCGACGCUGCAUUGCACACGUAUCCCCCUACUUAAGUAUUCGCGCCAGGUCGAUGACGACGCAGGCGAGCGGCGGCGCUGGGAGCACGUGUCGCUCCAGCCGCUUGCGUGCUGCGUAUCAGCAGUCGUGGGUCCCUCCAACGAGCCCUCGGAGCAGAAGCUCACCGUCGAGUGGAGUCCGCGUACCGGCGCAUACGCGCCUGACGCUGCCCCGGUUCGGCUACUGCACUUUCGCACGCGCACGGACGUCCCGCGUCUCUUGGCGCUGCUGCAAGACACGUGUGCAUGUGCACCCGCCGAGCCAGGCAUACUACGCACACCACCAGGCACAGGGAUCGCGUCCGCGCCACCCAGCACACCACCGGCACCGCGCGGCGGAUGGACCACCGAGAUAUGGACGCCCCCGCCACGGCGCUCAGCUCGACUGGGCGCGACGCCGAGUGCGCGAUCGUCACUGGCCAUGACGGCGGCAGGCGAGUCUGAAGCGACGCGGUCCACGGGACGACGGCGCAGCGAGGGGCCGCUACGCACGCGGUCCAACACCAACAUGGAAUCCAUGGCGCGCCGUGCGCGCAAGAAGAAUGCCAGCUCCACGAAGAUCCACGACAGUCGGCGGGCUAGCGAGACCGUGCAAAACGAGAGCGAGUCCCACUGGGAGAGCUCGAGCGACGAUGAGACGCACGACGGCGCGCUGCAGCUCGACAUGCACGCAACGCGACCUGCGAAGGAGAUAGGAGGACUUCGGCGGAGUGAGAGCCCCGAGUCACUCGUGCACCACCACGCUCCAAGCCACAUGGCGCAGCCGUCCGCCGAUCUCGGCGAGGAGGCUCUGUCGCCGCGCUCGGUGCCAGGCGCGCCGCCGGCCCUGCCCAAUGUGGCGACGCCAUCCAAGUCCGCGGCGGAUUUGCGCCUCGGCUCGGAGCCACACGGCUCGCCGCGCUCGCUCCGCUCGUCGUCGUCUGUGCGGUCGGUGCACUCGCUGCUAGCGGGACAUGCUGGCAGUGGUAUCAGCGUCGGUGUGUCAACGACGCCCGUGCGCCCUGUGCUCAAUACGACACCCGUGGUCGGCGGCCACCACGGGACACAUGGCUUCUCGACGGGUCCUGACUCGUCGGGCGAGCACGAGGUGCGGCACCGCCCGCUCCGGCGCUCCACGAGCAGCUCGCUCCGUGCGCAGCCGGGUCGUAUGGACGCGGCGAUGGCGUGGUCGUCGGCGCCUACGUUGCCGCGCACCUGGAGCAUGCAAGCGCUGCAGCCUGCCGAGGCCGGCGGCCUGACAAGCAGCGCGUCGCGCGACCAGCUCGCGCACUUACUGGCAGGCAGCGCGCGCCGGUCGUCUGCCUCGUUGGCGACGCUUCUGGGCGGUGCGCGCGUGAGCGAGCGUGCCGCCAAGCCAGUCGUCUCCAAGUUUGCGCAUGCGCAGCAGCAAUUCGACAUGCACGCCACCCAGGCGUGGGUGCUGCCCUCGUCGGACGAGACGCCGGGACGUGUCGUCAGUGUGGACGUGCCGCCCGGCUCCGUGUACAGCGCGUCGUUUGCGGAGCGCGUCGUGGCGCAGAUGACGCACCGUCCGCCGCUGGAUGAGCCGCGGCCAGCGCCAGACAGUGGCGCGCCGCUGCCGUAUCGCUACCUGCUGGACUUUGGGCUGAGCGGCCCGCCGAUCGAUCGCACUGCCCUCGGGCCGGCUGCGCUGACGCCGCGGCUGGGCGCAGGCCUCCCGCCGGCGGGCGCCGCGGCCGAGGGGCGCGAGGCAGCGCAGGACAAGAUGCUCGUGCCCGACUCGACGACGACGCUGGGCCCCAACAUGAUUCCCUUCCACUUUAUCCAUGCGCUGACGUCCACGAUGGAGAGCGCUCUCGCGCUUGAUCCGGCGGAGGUGCCUGCGAUGGCGUCGCUGCUGCCCGGCGCGGCGGAACGCCUGGACGAGAGCGGCUCCAUACGGUGA